CCCGGGCCCUGUCGCUGCUGCCGGAGUCCCGCGGCGCCCCCGCCGCCGCGCCGCCGUCGGGCAUGGACUCGGGCGGGGACUUCCUGACCCUGCACGGCCUGCAGGGUGACAAGGACCUCCAGGCCCUGCUGAAGGGCAGCCAGCUCCUGAAGGUGAAGUCCGGCUCAUGGCGCAGAGAGCGCUUCUUCAAGCUGCAGGAGGACUGCAAGACCAUCUGGCAGGAGUCCCGCAAGGUCAUGAGGUCCCCGGAGUCACAGCUGUUCUCCAUCGAGGACAUCCAGGAGGUGCGCGUGGGGCACCGCACGGAGGGCUUGGAGAAGUUCGCCCGCGACGUGCCGGAGGACCGCUGCUUCUCCAUCGUCUUCAAGGACCAGCGCAGCCCGCUGGACCUCAUCGCCCCAUCGCCCACCGACGCCCAGCACUGGGUGCAGGGGCUGCGCAAGGUCAUCCACCACUCGGGCUCCAUGGACCAGCGGCAGAAGCUGCAGCACUGGAUCCACUCUUGCUUGCGAAAAGCUGACAAGAACAAGGACAACAAGAUGAGCUUCAAGGAGCUGCAGAACUUCCUGAAGGAGCUCAACAUCCAGGUGGACGACGGCUACGCCCGCAAGAUCUUCAGGGAGUGCGACCACUCGCAGACGGACUCCCUGGAGGAUGAGGAGAUCGAGGCCUUCUACAAGAUGCUGACGCAGCGGGAGGAGAUCGACCAGGCCUUCGCGGAGGCCGCGGGCUCCAGCCAGACCCUGUCCGUGGACCAGCUGGUGGGCUUCCUGCAGCACCGGCAGCGGGAGGAGGCGGCGGGGCCCUCGCUGGCCCUCUCCCUCAUCGAGCGCUACGAGCCCAGCGAGACAGCCAAGGCGCAGCGGCAGAUGACCAAGGACGGCUUCCUCAUGUACCUGCUGUCGGCCGACGGCAGCGCCUUCAGCCGUGAGCACCGGCGUGUGUACCAGGACAUGGGCCAGCCGCUCAGCCACUAUCUGGUGUCCUCGUCCCACAACACCUACCUGCUGGAGGACCAGCUCACCGGGCCCAGCAGCACCGAAGCCUACAUCCGGGCCCUGUGCAAAGGCUGCCGCUGCUUGGAGCUCGACUGCUGGGACGGGCCCAACCUGGAGCCGGUCAUCUAUCAUGGCUACACGUUCACGUCCAAGAUCCUGUUCUGCGACGUGCUCAGAGCCAUCCGGGACUACGCCUUCAAGGUGUCCCCCUACCCCGUCAUCCUGUCCCUGGAAAACCACUGCAGCCUGGAGCAGCAGCGCGUGAUGGCGCGGCACCUGCGUGCCCUGCUGGGCCCCAUGCUGCUGGACAGGCCGCUGGACGGGGUCACCACCAGCCUGCCCUCCCCCGAGCAACUGAAAGGCAAGAUCCUGCUGAAGGGGAAGAAGCUGGGGGGGCUCCUGCCCUCCGCGGGGGAGGGCGGCCCCGAGGCCACCGUGGUGUCGGACGAGGACGAGGCCGCCGAGAUGGAGGACGAGGUGGUGAGGAGCCGCGUGCAGCACCAGCCCAAGGCGGACAAGGUCAGGCUAGUGCAGGAGCUCUCGGACCUGGUCAUUUACUGCAAGAGCGUCCACUUCGACGGCUUCUCCAGCCCCGGCACCCCCAGGCGGGCCUUCUAUGAAAUGAUGUCCUUCUCCGAAAACCGCGCCCUCCGCCUGCUGCAGGAGUCGGGAAACAGCUUUGUCCGCCACAACGUGGGCCACCUGAGCAGGAUCUACCCGGCCGGCUGGAGGACGGACUCCUCCAACUACAGCCCCGUGGACAUGUGGAACGGGGGCUGUCAGAUCGUGGCCCUGAACUUCCAGACGCCGGGGCCAGAGAUGGACGUGUACCAGGGCCGCUUCCUGGACAACGGGGCCUGCGGCUAUGUGCUGAAGCCAGCCUUCCUGAGAGACCCCAACACCACGUUCAACGCCCGUGCCCUGGCCCAGGGGCCCUGGUGGGCUCGGAAGCGGCUCAGCGUCAGGGUCAUCUCCGGCCAGCAGCUCCCGAAAGUCAACAAGAGUAAGAAUUCCAUCGUGGACCCCAAGGUGACGGUGGAGAUCCACGGCGUGAGCCAGGACGUGGCCAGCCGCCAGACCGCGGUCGUCACCAACAACGGCUUCAACCCGCGGUGGGACACGGAGUUCGAGUUCGAGGUGGUGGUGCCGGAGCUCGCCCUGGUCCGCUUCCUGGUGGAGGAUUACGACGCCUCCUCCAAGAACGACUUCAUCGGCCAGAGCACCAUCCCCCUCGGCAGCCUCAAGCAGGGGUACCGCCACGUCCACCUCCUGUCCAAGACCGGAGACCAGCACCCGUCGGCCACCCUCUUUGUGAGGAUCUCCCUCAAGGACUAGGCCCGGGGGUCCCGUGGGGUCUCUCUCCGCCCGCCACGGGGGCAGCGCUGCUGCGGCUGCUCCGAGCUGGAGGCCCCCGCUGCGGACGGCGCCCCUGUGUCGUCCAUGCUGCUGCUGUCCGGAGCCAGGGGUGGCCGGGUCCCUGGAGCUGUCCUCGAUUCCGUUAGCACCAGCACCGCGGCCGCUCGCCCUGGAGCCGGCCCUAGGUCAAGGUUUUUAUAAAAAUCACACUAAG